AUGAAGUAUUAAAGUUUUCCCUCCAAGUUCAAUAACAGAUGAAGCUUCAACGUGUGAAAAAAUAGUAAAUACUAAAAUGUCUUUGAGUUCCGAGGCUGAUGUUGGUCCAGCAACUAAUGAAUUUGUACUAGAAUCGCCCCCGAGUGAUACAAUUUCAUCUGUGAAUUUCAGCCCUACUUCGGCCAAUUUUUUGCUUGUUUCCUCCUGGGAUGACUCUGUUCGACUUUAUGAUGUUAGUUCAAACAAGCAAAGAUUGACCUACAAUCAUCAAGGACCUGUCCUAGAUUGUUGCUUUACUGAUGGUGUACACUCAUAUAGUGGUGGCCUUGAUUGUAUCUUGAAAACUUAUGAUUUUAAUGGUUCAGCAGAAAAGGAAGUGGGUAGACAUGAGGCAACAAUUCGCUGUGUGGAGUUCUGUUCACAAUUGGGUAUAAUUAUAACUGGAAGUUGGGAUAAAACAGUUAAGACCUGGGACCCUCGACAAGCUCAGCCUACUGGUACUUACUCACAACCUGAUAAGGUUUAUACCAUGGCAUUAGCAGAUGAAAGAUUAGUUGUUGGAACAGCUGGUAGAAGAGUUAUGGUUUGGGACUUAAGGAAUAUGAGUUAUGUUCAACAAAAACGAGAAUCAAGUUUAAAGUAUCAGACAAGAUGUAUAAGAACAUUUCCUAAUAAACAAGGGUAUGUCUUGAGUUCUAUUGAAGGUCGUGUUGCUGUGGAAUAUUUUGAUCCAAGUCCUGAAGUUCAGAAAACAAAAUAUGCGUUUAAAUGUCACCGAAUUAAAGAAUCUGGGAUGGAAAUGAUUUAUCCUGUUAAUGCAAUCUCAUUUCAUAAUGUCCAUAAUACGUUUGCAACUGGUGGAUCAGAUGGAUAUGUCAAUGUUUGGGAUGGUUUUAAUAAGAAGCGACUUUGUCAGUUUCAUCGCUACCCGACGAGUAUCAGCUCGUUAUCUUUCAGUCAUGAUGGAACUGCUUUAGCAAUAUCUUCUUCCUUUAUGCAUGAAGAAGAAAAUAAGAACCCCCCUGAAGAUUCAAUCUACAUCCGCAGUGUAACAGACACAGAAACAAAACCGAAGUGAACAGGGAACAGAAUAUAGUUUUAAAGUAAUCAUUCAAUCUCUGUUCGAAGUCAAAUAAAAGUGAGAAUAUCUUUAGAUCUUUGAUGAACUUAACAAUUCCAUACGGAAGAUUCUUUUGUCGAUUACAGUAUUACUUUGUUACAUUCAUUGCUUCUGUUGUACAGCUUUUAAAACGUCACACGAUGAGGAAUUGUAUAAGGAAAUGUAUUGUAUUUGUAGAUGAAUA